CACUCAUGUGAGCGAGACAGCAGAGAAGCCAUCCUUCUGUCUGCACUAAACACACACGUGAGCUCACGUCUGAAUGUAUUGGUACCAUCCGUCACCUUCAUCAAGCGUGUGUUGUUUGUAUGUUGCCGACUGACGCUCGCAUUACGUGACCAAACGACAGUGCUGAUGAAGAUGGCCUACCAUAGUCAACGUGCCGUUCCAAAUCAACCAAAGGCAACUGUGAAUGAGGAAAACGUCAUCGAUCAGGUAUACCUCCAUCCCUGCCUGUACGACAACAACGCCGAAGGAUACAAGGACCAAGCCACGCGGGGCAAAGCUUGGGACAGCAUCGGGAACCAUCUGAACGUUAAAGGUGAGCAAGCCAAAGAAGCAUGGGAAAAGCUGCGGCGCUGCUUUAUGAAUGCAAUCAAACGGCGACGGACCAAACGGAUGCACCCGUGGCGGUUCGAGCAGAAGAUGGCCUUUCUCUACAAUCACAUCGAUCCGUCGAAAAUAAUGGCCAAAUAUGACACGGACGAACAGCAGUACUAUUCCGAGACAGACGAUAAAAGUUUUAUGGAGGAAUUGGAAAUCUCCAGCCCCAAGGUGUGUGACCGUUUGGUGGGAGAAUCGAUGAUUCCCCUAGAUUCGCCCGGCAUCAAGCAAGAAGAGAGUUCCGAUGGGUCUUACGGCCCAGAGCAGAGUCAAAACAGACCCGUAGUUAGGCCGCUUCGACCGCGAUCAAUUUCCGGAUCUUCGGCUGAUGCUAAUAACGUUCACCCCGACCAACAGUCCAGACCGAUUAGCAAUGACCAACCGGAGAUUGCCGAGAGUAGCACCCAGAGGAGAAAACGGAACUGCGACGAACCUUGCGAUGGACCUCGGGAAGCUGCUAAAAAAUGGAGGAAGCAAUCUGCCGGCACCCCGGCUGGGAGUUACAUUGAGAAUGAGGAAGAUUUAACGCCAGCCAGUGAAAGAGAUGAUAUCGAUAUGUUUUUCCUCAGCAUGGCGAAGACUACAAAAACCCUGACACCCAUCGAGCAAGCUAGAAUUAAGCUACAUGUUAGUCAGAUAGUUUUAAACGCUCAAAUUGCCUCGUUGGAACAAUCUUCCCGGGAGUAAUGGUAGUGGCGUGGCGUGCUAGACUCAUCUGGUGCGCAAGUUCGAUCCAAAUAAGUUUCAUAUGGUAUUCAUGGAGCGUAUUCGGUCCAUAAAAACUGGCAAACCGUCAGAUAUUUCGGAAUUUGGUGUAAACUCCUAAAUCCUA